AUGGGGAUCGCCGUCGAGAAGUACCCGGAGCUCUUGGCCGUCGUCGACGCCAUGCUGCCUGAGGGAACCGAGAGGGAGGAUGAUGGCCUCGGGGAUGAUGGCGGUGGAACAGAGGGAGGUCGGGGGGAAACCCCCGACGCCUUGCGGUGCGCAAGCGCCAAGCGCAAGGGCCAAGAGCUCCGCACAGAUGUACGCCAGCAAACAAAAAAGCUCAACCAGGCGAAAAAGAAAGCGGAUGCUCAGGCGGUGACCGACAAGGCCAUGACAGAUGCCAUGGCCAAGAUCACUCCUGCCAUGCAGGACCUUGUCCCCAAGGCCUCCUCUGCCCGCCUGGAGGCGGAAGAGGCUGAGAGCUUGUCCCUGAAACUCCAAGCGUCGGCGGACCUGACGGAUAGUUAUUUGAAAAUCAGCAAGCUGCUAUCCGACGAGAAGAAGAAGGGGGAAGAUGCCGACGAAUGGUUGAUCGGGCAAUGA